GUCCACAGGAGGCGCUGGUGGGAGCUGCUCCGUGAACUUUGUUCUAGUAGUAAAUGGGCGUGUUUUCUCGCUAUUGCUCAGUCUUUUGAGUUACUCUUCGGGAAGGACGAACAUGGGCGAAAGUUGGACAGGACUACACUACAUCUGAGCCACAGGGCUGGUCUUGAACACCUCAGGGAACAAGGUGACAUGGAGGAUUUCUGGGCAGGGGCCCUUUGGGCACUGAGGAUCUGGCUGUACCUCAUUAUCAGCCUCAUCAUGGUCCCAGCUAUGUUUGGCUUCUCGCUGGGCAUCUCCGAGACCUACAUGACCAUCCUGGUUAAAACCUUAGAGUGGGCCACUCUGAAGAUGCAGAAGGCAAACGCAGAUGAGCAAGCGCUCAAAGCUUCUGCAUCCAACGGUCUCAUUCAGAGGGAGGAUGGCUCUAUGGAGAAAGAGUUAGAAGAACUUAGACGCAGUCGCCCUAAACCACCAGUGGGUGGUGAUUUUACACUUAGUGACUGCUUCUAUUUCACCCGGAGAGGAAUUGAGAGCAUUGUAGAGGAUGAGGUGACCCAGCGGUUCACUUCAGAAGAGCUGAUGUCCUGGAACUUACUGACUCGCACUAACAAUGAUUUCCAGUACAUCAGUCUGAAGCUGACGCUGGUCUACAGCCUCGGCAUCUUUGUGAGAUACUGCAUCCUCGCCCCUCUCAGGAUAACACUGGCCUGCAUUGGACUCACCUGGUUGGUCAUAGGAACAUCUGCAGUUGGAUUACUUCCAAACUGGAGGAUUAAGUUCUGGCUCAGCGAAUGGGUUCAUGUGAUGUGCUACAGAAUCUGUGCACGAGGACUCUCCGCCACCAUCCGCUAUCACAACCGGGAAAAUAAACCCAGAAAAGGAGGACUCUGUGUCGCCAAUCACACCUCUCCUAUUGAUGUUGUGAUUCUCUGCAACGAUGGUGGUUAUGCUAUGGUGGGUCAGGUACACAGAGGUUUGAUGGGAGUCCUCCAGAGAGCCAUGGUGAGGUGCUGUCCUCAUGUCUGGUUUGAGAGAGCAGAGAUGAGAGAUCGCCACCUAGUGACCAAAAGGUUGAAGGAUCAUGUGAAUGACAAGACAAAGCUUCCCAUAUUGAUAUUUCCAGAGGGAACCUGUGUCAACAACACAUCUGUCAUGAUGUUUAAAAAGGGAAGUUUUGAAAUUGGAGCAACAAUAUACCCAGUGGCCAUUAAGUAUGACCCAAAAUUUGGAGAUGCAUUCUGGAACAGUUCCAAGUACAGCAUGGUCAGUUACCUGCUGAGGAUGAUGACCAGCUGGGCCCUCGUCUGUAAUGUCUGGUACCUGCCGGCCAUGCACCAACAGGAGGGGGAAAACGCAGUCCAGUUUGCCAACAGAGUUAAGUCGGCCAUCGCUCAUCAGGGAGGGCUGGUAGAUUUACAGUGGGAUGGAGGCCUGAAGAGAGCAAAGGUGAAGGAGACAUUUAAAGAGCAGCAGCAGAAGCAGUACAGCAGUAUGGUGGUGGGGGACGACAGCAGCAGCAACAGUGACUGAGAUCCCCAACCACUGAGCUGUACGAAUCCCUAUUUUUGGAGACCAUACACUGGAAAUAGACCCCUCUUCUUUAGUAUGUUCUCAUUAGCUGGACAUGGCUAGGAAUGCUGCCAAGUGGACUUAAACACAACGUGAAAACCAUAGGUGCAGGUAAAAGGAGUCUCAGUGAAGUGCAAUACUGAACUUUAUGAGAAACUGAGCUCUCUUUUUUUUUAUUUCUGCUGAAGAUACUACAGCUGCUGAAUGCAUGUUAAAGGUCCAGUGUGUAGGUGUUAGCGGCAUCUAGUGGUGUGGUUGGAGAUUGCAACUGAAUUCAACUCAUCUCAUGGCCAGUAACAACGUGAAAAACUUGAAAGGUCCUGUCUAGAAACAGUAUCUGGUUUGUUCCGGACUACUGUAAAUCCCUGGAAAAGGAUCCGCUCUUUUUUGUAGAUAUAAAAGGCUUGUUCUAAAGCAAAGAGAACAGAACGAUUCUCAAUUUCAUGUGAUGUACAAUAAUGAAAAUAAUCAAUUUCUGCCAGUAGAUCUUCUAAAUCCUACGCACUGGACCUUCAAUGCUGAGAAGAUGCUCUGAAUGAACUGUGUGAUUGCAGACAAGCCACUUGAUGAAAGAGUACCUCUAUUCUCAUAGUCAGUUGGUUCAUUCAUGUGCUGUUUUUUUAAAUACAUUUUUGUUUACAAUUUCAACACCUACAGUGAUUAUGCUGGUGAUUGUUAUGAUGGUGAAAAGAACCUGGAGGUAGUUGUACUGUUUUAUAACAUAACAUGAUAUUUAAUACAGACGAGGUCCUAAGAGACUAAUGUUGAGAUAAUUAUAGUAAAUAUUGGUUUUAUGUAUCUGGAUGUACCUUGAAGCAUAAUUAACACUAAUAAGCACCCAUGAAAACAUGUGUUUGUGUUACUGAAUUUAACACUGAUAGAGAUAUAGUUUUUAGGGAUUCACAACGGAACCUUUGACUCCCUCACAAAACUGAGACAAAAGGAUUUGGCACUUAAAUAAUAUAUGAUAACACUGAAUGUGAAAGCACAGUUCAUUAAAAACACACACAUAUCCUUAAAGGAGAACACACAGCAGAGAUUUUUUGGGUUUCUCUCCCCUGGAUGUUUUUUCUGAAGCGGGAUCGUUGAUGUUGCCAUUUUCCUCUGGGUUCCCUUCUUUGGCCCCUAAAGACAAAUUAAAGGAGGAUUUCACUCA